UGUUACUGUGGUGCCGGUGACUAAUUAGGGCUUGUAGAAUGUAGUUUGCUCAUGAGAUUUGCUUGGUAUUAAGGAUCGUACACUUCAGGCUUCUCUAGUUUAUUAAUUAUGCAGCUGACACUGUUACUACUGGUAAGCUUGGAGCUCACAUACUGUGUUACCCACGCUGAUCAAGUUGACAGUUGUAGUGUAUACAGUGAAGAAGGUACCCCUGCUGGAAAUCACAGGAUAUGCUCAGUUUUUAAAAGAAGUCAGAACCCUUGCAAUAGUGGCUCCUAUUUUCAUCAAUGGAUGUCAGAUAAAUGCCAAAUAAAUUCUAGGUGUGAACUCAAUUGUCAUGGUUUUGUUGGAAUGAACCUCACGUACGAGUGCUCUUUUGAAGGAGCUCGGCUAUACAGGUACAAGAAUGGCGAGUACCAGUAUUUGAAUGGGUCCUCGGUUAACUACGGUCUACUAUUGCCAGAACAUGCUGGGUUGUACGAGUGUCACAACAAUGCAACUGGUGAAGUACAUGCUCAGAAUAUCACUGUGAAUGAUGAAAUCCGCAUUAGUUCUGUCGACUGUGUUCAGUUUUCAAGAUCUUCUGAGAGAAAGUGCUGCUUGGCGAGUUCCAUUUGGCCAUCACAAGCAAUUAAUGCUUACUAUCCGUUGGCAGUAUAUGCCAACCCAGUAGACAAUGUGUCAGUGACUAUUGAACAGAUUGAAUGGCAGGUGGAGAAAGAGACUAGGAAUGAUGUGGAUAUUGGACUGUACGUUGAGCAAGAUGAGAGCAACCCUGUGAUAUGGAAUAUCCAGUUCAAACAGUUUCCAUACAGUGUGACAAGUACACCACCUAUAAUAUUGUUUCGGGUGACAGCCAACACUACAAAUUCUUCUCACUCCAUUUGUAAUAGUAUCCAGUUUAAUGAUAACACUAACUCACUGCAAGUGGAGAACACUAAUCUACCUGAAAACACAACUGUGUCCGAAGGAAAAGACGCUCUCUUCCAGUGUAAAUUCUCAUACUCAGAUGUGGCUGUUGCUGCAGAUUUUAAAGUAGACAUUGAAGUCAAAAUGCCCAUAAGAAUAGGGAACGAAACUAUGCGGCACGAAACUUGCACAGCAGAAUUUUUUUGGAGUUCUUUGACAAGUCAUACCAAUUGCUCACUGGCACAAAUCGAGAGAAACAAUACUUCAAGUAACAGCGUGUCGAAAAUUGUGAAGUUUAACAUUCGAAUACCUCAAGUAACUGCAAAUCUGAAUGGAAGCACUGUUUCUUGUUUUUUGGUUCUUAUUUUGAGCAAGUCUUUACAAUGGAAGAAGGAAGCUCAUUUAACAGUUAUCGAGAGAGUCGAUUCAGGGAUUACUCAACCAGCCACGUAUUUAGUCGUGUCACUGGUUGUGACUGUUGUGGUAGUACUGUCAGUUGUGUUGCUAGCGGUGGAAGUAACUGGUGUUGUGAGGAAAAGAAGAAAUCAUCAUGACAUUGUUAAUCCUGAUGAAGUCCCAUUAACCUGCAAUAGUCAAAACUCAGAGCCCUCCACUCCUGUCGAUCAGCACAAUGGGAGACUACCGUCAAUAGAGGAACAAGAUGAUACCUUUGAACGGAACGUGGCCAUAUAAAUCAGAGUGAACGAAUACAAGAUAGCUGCAUAAUGAGACCAACUAAACGGGUGCAUGUGAUAUUUAUAUAAUAGUGAGAUACUCAUCACAAUAAUUAUAGUCAUAUUGUCAUGCAACAUCAAAAUUAAUGUCCCAUAUAUAAUACUUUUCACUAUUUUUAUAACUUUGAAAUUGUUCUAUGAUAUGCAUUGGUUAUAGUAAA